UACUUUCUCGGUUUCUUGUCGUUGCGGCUUCCGAACCGCCGACGUCUCCCCCCUUCCCGUCUCCCAAGUCCCAACUUCACUGCUUUUCCGCAGAAGCAACCAAGCCGGCAAGCCAGGUGAUCCAUCCGCCAUCCUCCUCCGCGCCAUUAAAAUUCCUCCCCUCCCCUCCCCACUCCUCGUAGCGAGCUGGGGACGCUUGUCGCGCUUCAUUUACGCUGCCACUCUUCCCUUGCUUCCACGUUUGCUCCACUCCUCGCCCCAGUCCCCUUCAAUCCAGUUCCACGCGGAAAAUAUUUUAUUAUUCUGCAUAAUCUCGCCGUUGAUUCGACCGGAGAUAUUGGGGGAUACGGAUACCUUGCUCCGAGUAGUUUAUUCGGGCCUCACUUCUCCUUCCCCUCCACGUUUCCUUCCGAGUUCUGAGUGCCGGACUGUGGUCGAAAUUUUCUGCGAUCCUUUGCUUACCUAGGUCGUUUUUAUUUUUAAGCUUGGGGGUUCGUUGAUCCGGCAGUCUGCGCUGUAUCCCGAUCCGUUUUACUCCAGUUCGGUUUCGUGUAGCCGCGGGAGGCUUCGUCGAUUGGUUUUGUCUGCUUCCUCCAGUUCGCCUGAAGAAUUAAAGACCGGUUUUAAUUCUGCUGCCUGCCGGGAGCGGGUUCCGUCUUCUUUGAUUGGCUUGUCUCCUUCCCCUCCAGUUCGUUGAAUUUUGGUCAGCACGAAUUGGGGAUUUCUUAGUACAAUCGAGUACGGGUUCCGUCUUUGCGGCUGCUUCUGCUCAUAAUCCGGCCACCCUUUUUCUCCUCUGGAGAGCGAGCGAGCUAAAUUCAGUUUCUGACCCCCCACGACUCACCAAAAUUGACGAGUGAGUUGAAUCAUCGUCGUCAAUGGAAGAAUCCGGAGAAGCGAGUAUUGGGGCCUUCAGGAUCGGGCCGUCGACGCUUCUCGGCCGCGGCGUCGCGCUUCGCGUGCUCCUGUUCAGCUCGCUCUGGCGUCUCCGGGCGCGGGCGCGCGCCGCUGUGUCGCGCGUGCGCAGGGCCACGCUGCCAAUGGCCGCGUCCUGGCUUCACCUCAGGAACACCCAUGGCGUCCUCCUGAUUCUCGUGCUCUUCGGGUUGCUCCUCAGGAAGCUCUCCGGUGCGCGGUCGCGGCUGGCGCUGGCGCGCCGGCGUAGGCUGUGCAAGAGCGCGAUGCGCUACGCGGCGACGUAUGAGCAGUGGGUGCGUGCCGCCAAGGUGCUCGACAGAAUGUCUGAGCAGGUGAACGAGUCUGAUUUUUACGACGAGGAGCUGAUCAAGAGUAGGCUUGAGGAGCUCCGGAGGCGGAGGGAGGAAGGGUCGCUCCGGGAUGUGGUGUUCUGUAUGCGCGGCGAUCUCGUGAGGAACUUGGGGAACAUGUGUAAUCCUGAGCUUCAUAAGGGCAGGCUCGAGGUGCCCAGGCUGAUAAAAGAUUUCAUUGAUGAGGUUUCAACUCAGCUGAAAAUGGUGUGUGAAUCUGACACCGAUGCGUUAUUUUUGGAAGAGAAGCUUGCCUUUGUUCAGGAAACCAGGCAUGCCUAUGGGAGGACAGCACUACUCUUAAGUGGGGGCGCUUCACUGGGCUCUUUCCAUGUAGGUGUAGUGAAAACAUUAGUUGAGCAUAAGCUUCUGCCUCGGAUAAUAGCAGGGUCUAGCGUUGGUUCCAUUAUAUGUUCAAUUGUUGCUACUCGAACAUGGCCUGAGAUUGAGAGCUUCUUCAUAGACUCAUUACAAAUCUUACAGUUCUUCGGUAGGAUAGGUGGAAUUUUUGCUGUGACCAAACGGGUUAUGACUUAUGGUGCACUUCAUGACAUUAGCCAGAUGCAAAGGCUUUUGAGGGAUCUCACAAGUAACUUAACAUUUCAAGAGGCUUACGAUAUAACUGGCCGUGUUCUUGGGGUCACUGUUUGCUCUCCCAGAAAAAACGAGCCACCUCGCUGCCUCAACUACCUGACAUCACCACAUGUUGUUAUCUGGAGUGCUGUAACUGCUUCGUGUGCAUUCCCUGGCCUCUUUGAAGCUCAGGAAUUGAUGGCAAAGGAUAGGUUUGGCCACAUAGUUCCCUUCCAUGCGCCCUUUUCCACAGAUCCAGAACAAGGUCCUGGAGCAUCAAAGCGGCGAUGGAGGGACGGAAGUUUGGAGAUGGAUUUACCGAUGAUGCAACUAAAGGAGUUAUUCAAUGUGAAUCAUUUCAUCGUCAGCCAAGCUAAUCCUCACAUCUCUCCACUCCUCCGAAUGAAGGAGAUUGUCAGAUCCUAUGGAGGUCGCUUUGCGGGAAAGCUCGCUCGUCUUGCUGAGAUGGAGGUGAAGUAUCGAUGUAACCAAGUUCUAGAAGUUGGCCUCCCACUGGGAGGACUUGCAAAGUUGUUUGCUCAGGACUGGGAGGGUGAUGUCACUAUGGUUAUGCCAGCAACAGUAGCUCAGUACUUGAAGAUUAUACAAGAUCCAACAUAUGCAGAACUCCAAAUGGCUGCCAAUCAGGGUCAAAGAUGCACGUGGGAGAAGCUCUCAGCGAUCAGAGCAAACUGUGCAAUUGAACUUGCAUUGGAUGAAUCCAUUGCGGUUCUCAACCACAAACGAAGGUUAAGAAGAAGCACAAGGGCAGCAGCUUCUUCCCAGGAAUAUACCAGCAAUGUUCGACUCAGAACACCAAGGAGGGUACCCUCAUGGAGCUGCAUCAGUCGAGAGAAUUCGUCAGGAUCUCUCUCAGAAGAUCACUUUGCGGUCGCUAUUUCAUCCAGUCACCAAGGUACUAUACGAGUUGAUGGCGCACCAAACAUGCCUCAUCAUGUUCGUCACAGUUCACACGAUGGAAGUGAGAGCGAAUCAGAAACCAUUGACUUAAAUUCAUGGACCAGGAGUGGUGGGCCUCUAAUGAGGACUUCAUCAGCUGAUCAGUUCAUCAGUUUUAUCCAGAAUCUCGAGAUUGAAUCUGAGUUCGAUAGGGUUCGUACUACAGAGGAUGACAAUACAGGUAUUUUAUCAGGAUCUACAUUUUCAAAAGAUCCAUACCCAAACAUUAGUUCUAGAGUCACUACACCAGAUAGAUGCACAGAAGUUUCUGAAACAGAGUCGUGCAACGCCGGCAACACAAGCAUCACUGUUUCUGAAGGAGAUUUGCUACAACCUGAGAGGACUACCACCGGAAUUCUACUCAAUUUUGUCAGAAGAGAAGAUCUGCUUGGUCAGCAUAACAGUGAUGCUGACAUGACCGAAAGCUCCUUAGCCGAAGCAUAUGUGGACACAUCACAUUUGGAAUCUUGUGAUGCCAUCUCAGCCUCUGACAGUUCUGAAGGUAACAAAGACGCAGCUGACUCAGAGAAUCUCUUGGUUUCUCAUGCAGAUUUAGUAACUUCGCAUCAAUCUUCAGUUGAUGAUAACAAAGGUGGCUAGAUUUUGAAAGAAUUCUUUUAGUGGCUUGCUAAGUCGAUGCUGUACAGGAAAAACUGUAGUGUCUCCGUUUCGUGAGCACUACUGCUGGUAGCAUAGUGAAUAUUGUACUUUGUACCAGAUACUAAAUAAAUUUGAUUGCUUGCCAUUUAUUUUCCUCACCUGAUGUAUACGUCUUUUUUCAUGGAUCAGGAAAGUAUCAUCAAGUUUUUUUUU